ACUGAACCUCCUCGGAAUCCUGACAGUUUGGAGACUUUUACCACCGAAGAAGAAGACAAAAGAAGACAGCGGAUGGCCCCGGGUUGAAGGAAGAAGACCUGGUCUGGACUAGACUACUUCCUGGCGGGAGACAGACCUGGUCUAGACUAGAUGAUCCAUAACUUCAUUCAGCACUUCCUCCACCAGAGAGACGUGAAGCUCAUGGAGCCCACAAGGACUUCAACUUGGACUUCAAAUGCUGCACACGUGUUAUGACACGUAGACAUUUCAUUUGAUCAUCAUAGAUACACAAGCUCACAGCAGCAGGUAGAGAAGGGAAGUACGACCACAUCAGCAUGAACAGGGUGGAAGUGUCCUAACUCUGACUUUGUGCUACGCUCACAUGUAAUCAGCUCUUUGCAUCGCUGCCAUAUGGCGAACAUGUACAGUGUGGACGAAGACGUCACAUCUCACUGACACAUCGCCGGUGAGCGGGGAUCGAACCACCGAUCCUCUGAUCCAAAGACGGACCUGCUAACUACUGACCCAGUUGCCCGUAGAAGCUUCCUGAUAGUUGGCGUUUCAAUGGAGAACGGGCGGAGACACUUCAGACACACCUCCAUCUGCCUCCUGGGGGCGGCGGCCUUCUUCUUCAUCUACCUCAACUGGGACUGGAAAUGGGUGAGCAGCUUAACUCCACCAUUGUCAUCAGCAGCAGCAGGACCACAAGGGGAGGAUCCUGGACCGUAUCAUGUGGCCUAUCCAAAGAACUACAAAUACAUCAUGGACGACACGCCCACGUGCAACACCAAGACUCCUUUCCUGGUCCUGAUGGUUCAUAUUGCAACCGGUGACGUUGCAGCCCGGGACACCAUCAGGAAGACGUGGGGAAGUGAGAAACUGGUUCUGGGUCGGCCGGUGGAGACUCUCUUCGUACUGGGCCUCCCUGGGGGACCGGAUGCUGAGCGGCAGCAGGAGGAGCUCAAACAGGAGAACCUGCAGCACCAUGACCUGGUCCAGAGCAACUUCCAGGACAGCUACCACAACCUGACCAUCAAGACGAUGAUGAUGCUGGAGUGGCUGGCGGCGCACUGCAGCAAGGCUUCCUAUGUCAUGAAGAUCGACUCUGAUGUGUUACUGCAUGUCCACAACGUGGUUCAACUGCUGCUGGAUCCCAGCACGGCCAAACUCAACUACCUGACAGGUUUGGUGUGGUGGCACAGCCCGGUUUUAAGGAACCCAUUCAACAAGUUUUACAUGCCAAGGAACGUGGUAGCUGAGGCGGAGUACCCCCCCUAUCCUCUGGGCAUGGCCUACAUCAUGUCCCUGGACCUGCCGGCCAAGAUCCUGGCCGUCUCUCCUCGGAUUAAACCUAUCUUCAUUGAAGACGCCUACCUGGGUAUGUGCAUGCAGCGCUUGGGCAUUCCCCCCACCGACCCACCGGAAAAGACCAUGUUCAUCGUGGACCCCGAGCAUCCUCUGAGCCGCUGCAGCCUUUCAAAGGUGAUCGCCGUGACAACGACAAGCAUCCUACAGAUGAGAAGUUACUGGGAGCGCAGCCGACAGCCGGACGCUGGAUGCUGAUGAGGGUUACCGACGCUGAGGAGACCUCCGAUCACGGAAGUGAACUUCUGGAUUCUCUCUGUAUCGAUGUUUGUUGAACGGUCUGGAUUGAUGUGAAGGAAAUUCUGAUUCUGGUGACAAUUCAAAAUAUUAAAAUAAGCUCUCAGGUGUUUUAUAUUGCUUUCAAAUUAAUUCAUAUAAUCUCUGCUCUACACAUCGAGGCAUUUUUUAAUCUUUCUUUUUCUAAUCUUUUCCUUUGUCUUUAUUCUCCGAGUCUUGA